AUGUCGACGAUAUUUGCUUUGAGCGCUUGGGGAACCAUAAUUCCUGUUGCACAACAACGUUUAGGCCCAAGAAGCAAGGAAUUAUUGUCGACAUUAUCAAGGAAGAAGAUACUUCAACCACGUCAGCUCUUCUUUUCAAAGCUCUACGACCACGACAGUAGCCUAAUGGAUUCGGCAAUGGCAGCAUACUUACCGGGCCCAUCUACAUUUACUGGUGAAGAUCCCACCGAGCUAUAUCUCCACGGCAGCAAGGCAGUCGUUGACACAGUCGCUAAGUGUCUACUCAAAUUUGACGGACUUCGCCAUGCCAAGCGUGGAGAAUUUACCAAAAAGAUGGAGGGCGAUCGCGAUUUGCAGCAUAUUCGUGAUCAACUCUUGGAAGCUUUCGGCCGGGCCACGCUGAUGAUCGAUUUUGGUGAACACGUGAAUACAAGCUUAGAAGACUUGAACGAGAUGUUCCCUGUGUAUCAAACAUCCCUGAUACGACCCGGGACUCAACUGAGGUUGAAAGAAGCGGAUAUCGUCUUCUUAGCUGUGUCUGAUGCUCGAGAGGACGACAUUGUGCUUGACGAACUUCUCAGCGAUCUACAAGAGGUUGUGAAUGGCGCACCGAUCAAUGCUGUGAAAAAUAAAGCCGAUCUAGCAUCUAACAAAGUGCCCGCCAACAAUCAAUCACUGUCCGCUUCUGUUCUCUCAUGUGCGUUGACCACGAAAGGAAUAGAGGAAUUGUGGGCAAAUUUACAGAGGGUGGUUGAUGACAUUUGCCCGGAAGAGAGCGGCCCUGCGUCGGCUCAAGUUGAACUGUUAACGGAAGCUCAGGACGCCGUUCUUCAGGCUAAUUCCGUGUCGGAUGUGGCCUUACGCGAGCAUCAUCUACAAAUUGCCUUCGACUGCGUCGGCGAAUUAACCUGCUCUACGGUCAAUGGAGCUGUACUGGAUCGGCUUUUCGCGCAAUUUUACAUCGAGCCC